ACCAGCAAGUUAAAAAUGCCACUAUUUGCAUGAGCCCGCCUCUCCCCGCCCCUCCCGGGUGGCCGCCUGGGCUGACUAUUUAAACCCGGGUCCCGGAGGUGGGCCGGCGGUCCGCGGUCCUGCCUCGCGCCUUCCUAAGCAGUGCUGCGUCCAGAGCGCGAGCUAGCCAGAGGCGACAGUGCGGCCACUCGGCCGUGCGGUGACUGCGGCCACCUGCCGGAGCCCCCUGGCCCGCCCUCAGAUCCCGGCGAUGCGCCGCGGCGCCGCAUGGGCGCUGCUGCUGGCCGCAGCCCUGGGGCUCGGGGCGCGCGGGGUGCUCGCUGCGGUGGCCCUCGCCGACUUCUACCCGUUCGGCACGAAGCGCGGCGACGCCGUCACCCCAAAGCAGGACGACGGCGGCUCAGGGCUGCAGCCCCUCUCGGUGCCCUUCCCGUUCUUCGGCGCCGAGCACUCCGGACUCUACGUGAACAACAACGGGAUCAUCUCCUUCCUGAAGGAGGUCUCUCAGUUCACCCCCGUGGCCUUCCCCAUCGCCAAAGACCGCUGUGUGGUGGCAGCCUUCUGGGCGGAUGUGGACAACCGACGUGCAGGUGACGUCUACUACCGUGAGGCCACUGACCCAGCCAUGCUGCAGAGAGCCACAGAGGACAUCAGACAGUACUUCCCUGAGCUCCCGGACUUCUCUGCUACCUGGGUUUUUGUGGCCACCUGGUACCGAGUGACCUUCUUUGGAGGCAGCUCCUCUUCCCCCGUCAACACGUUCCAAACAGUGCUCAUCACCGAUGGCCGGUUCUCCUUCACCAUCUUCAACUAUGAGUCCAUCCUGUGGACCACGGGCACACACGCCAGCAGCGGGGGUGACGCUGUCGGCCUGGGAGGCAUCGCAGCCCAGGCAGGUUUCAACGCAGGUGAUGGGCACCGUUACUUCAACAUCCCUGGGUCACGCACAGCAGACAUGGCUGAGGUGGAGACCACCACCAACGUGGGCGUGCCCGGGCGCUGGGCGUUUAGAAUCGAUGAUGCCCAGGUGCGCGUGGGGGGCUGCGGCCAUACAACCUCUGUGUGCCUGGUCCUGCGUCCGUGCCUCAAUGGCGGCAAGUGUAUUGAUGACUGCGUCACGGGCAAUCCCUCCUACACCUGCUCCUGCCUCGCUGGCUUCACAGGGCGGAGAUGCCACCUGGAUGUGAACGAGUGUGCUUCCCACCCGUGUCAAAAUGGUGGGACCUGCACCCAUGGUGUCAACAGCUUCAGCUGCCAGUGCCCAGCCGGCUUCAAGGGACUCACCUGUGAGUCAGCCCAGUCUCCAUGUGACAACAAAGUGUGUCAAAAUGGUGGCCAGUGCCAGGCAGAGAGCAGUUCCGCAACAUGUGUGUGCCAGGCUGGGUACACUGGGGCCACCUGUGAGACAGAUGUGGAUGAAUGCAGCUCUGACCCAUGCCUGAAUGGCGGAUCCUGUGUUGACCUGGUUGGAAACUACAGCUGUAUUUGUGUGGAGCCCUUCGAGGGACCUCGAUGUGAGACAGAAAGCUACCUGGUGCCUUCCCCCUGCCUCUCCAACCCCUGCCAGAAUGGGGGCACCUGUGUGGAUGCGGAUCCAGGAUACGUGUGCGAAUGCCCUGAAGGCUUUAUGGGCUUGGACUGCAGAGAGAGAAUCCUCAAUGACUGCGAGUGCCGGAAUGGAGGCAGAUGCCUGGGUGCCAACACCACCCUCUGCCAGUGUCCUCCAGGCUUCUUUGGGCUCCUUUGUGAAUUUGAAGUCACAGCCACGCCCUGCAACAUGAACACACAGUGUCCAGACGGAGGCUACUGCAUGGAGUAUGGCGGGAGCUACCUAUGCGUCUGCCACACAGACCACAACAUCAGCCACUCUCUACCAUCACCCUGCGACUCCGACCCUUGCUUUAAUGGAGGUUCCUGUGAAGCCCACGACGACUCCUACACGUGCGAGUGCCCACGGGGAUUCCACGGCAGGCACUGCGAGAAAGCCCGGCCGCACCUCUGCAGCUCCGGGCCCUGCCGGAAUGGGGGCACGUGCAAAGAGACAGGCAAUGAGUACCACUGCACCUGCCCUUAUCGCUUCACUGGGAGACACUGUGAGAUUGGAAAGCCAGACUCCUGUGCCUCUGGCCCCUGUCACAAUGGUGGCACUUGCUUUCACUACAUUGGCAAAUACAAGUGUGACUGUCCUCCAGGCUUCUCUGGGCGACACUGCGAGAUAGCCCCCUCGCCCUGCUUCCGGAGCCCAUGUCUGAAUGGGGGUACCUGUGAGGAUCUAGGAGCAGAUUUCUUCUGCCACUGCCAGCCAGGGUAUACAGGACACCGGUGUCAGGCAGAGGUGGACUGUGGUCGCCCUGAGGAGGUGAAACAUGCUACCCUGCACUUCAAUGGCACUCACAUGGGCUCAGUGGCCCUGUACACAUGUGACCGUGGCUUCAGUCUGAGCGCCCUCAGCCAUAUUCGUAUCUGCCAGCCACAAGGUGUCUGGAGCCAGCCUCCCCAGUGCAUUGAGGUAGAUGAGUGCCAGUCUCAGCCAUGCCUGCAUGGCGGCUCAUGCCAGGACCUCAAUGCCGGUUACCAGUGCCUCUGCAGCCCAGGGUACGAAGGAGUCCAUUGUGAGCUAGAGACAGACGAGUGCCAAGCGCAGCCCUGCAGAAAUGGAGGCUCCUGUAGGGACCUGCCCAGGGCUUUCAUCUGCCAGUGCCCUGAAGGUUUCAGUGGAGUCCACUGUGAAACAGAGGUGGACGCCUGUGCCUCCAGCCCCUGCCAGCACGGAGGCCGGUGUGAGGACGGUGGUGGGGCCUACCUGUGCGUGUGUCCAGAGGGCUUCUUUGGCUACCACUGCGAGACAGUGAGUGACCCCUGCUUCUCGAGCCCCUGUGGGGGCCGCGGCUACUGCUUGGCCAGCAACGGGUCCCACAGCUGUACCUGCAAAGUGGGCUACACAGGCAAGGACUGCACCAAAGAGCUCCUCCCGCCAACAGCUCUCAGGGUGGAGAGGGUGGAGGAGAGCGGGGUCUCCAUCUCCUGGAGCCCCCCUGAGGGCACCACAGCCAGACAGGUGCUGGACGGCUAUGCGGUCACCUACGCCUCCUCGGACGGAUCCUUCCGGCGCACAGACUUCGUGGACCGGAGUCGCUCCUCUCACCAGCUGCGGGCCCUGGCAGCCGGCCGUGCCUACAACAUCUCAGUCUUCUCAGUCAAGCGAAACACCAACAACAAAAACGACAUCAGCAGGCCUACAGCACUGCUCACCCGCACCCGACCCCGCCCUGUUGAAGACUUUGAGGUCACCAACGUUUCAGCCAAUGCCAUCGCAGUGCAGUGGACUCUUCACAGGAUCCAGCACGCUACUGUCAGCAGGGUUCGAGUGUCCGUCCUCAACCCUGAGGCCACGGUGGCCCAGUCCACUGAAGUGGACAGGAGUGUGGACCGACUCACAUUUGGGGACCUGCUGCCAGGAAGAAGAUACAUUGUGCGGCUAACCACCCUCAGUGGGCCUGGAGGAGCUGAACACCCUACUGAGAGCCUGGCCUCAGCACCACUGAACGUGUGGACCCGGCCUUUACCUCCAGCAAACCUGACUGCCUCUCGAGUCACAGCCACCUCUGCCCACGUGGUCUGGGACACCCCCAGUCCUGGUAUCUCACUGGAGGCUUAUGUCAUCAAUGUGACCACCAGUCAGAGCACCAAGAGCCGCUACAUCCCCAACGGGAAGCUGGUGUCCUACACAGUGCGUGACCUGCUGCCAGGUCGGCGGUACCAGCUCUCGGUUACAGCUGUGCAGAGCACAGAGCAGGGCCAGCUGCAUAGUGAGCCUGCCCACCUCUACAUCAUCACCUCCUCCAGGGAUGGCACUGACAGACGUUGGCACCAGGGAGGACACCACCUCCGGAUGCUCAGGAAUAGACCGGCCCCUGUGCGCCUGCCAGAGCUGCGCCUGCUCAAUGACCACAGUGCCCCUGAAACACCAACUCAGCCCCCCAGGUUCUCAGAGCUUGUAGAUGGAAGAGGAAGAGUGAGUGCCAGGUUUGGUGGCUUGCCCAGCAAAUCAGUCACUGUGAGAUCACAACCCACCACUCUGGUGCCGCUCAAGAACACAGAGGAGGCCCCUGAGCAGGUCAACCUGGCCCUGCAGCUACCCAAGAACAGCAGCAAGGACACAGAAAGCGCCCCUGGUAGCUGUUCAGAAGAUGCCUGUCAGAAUGGAGGCACCUGUGUGCCAGGUGCCAGUACCCACAGCUGUGACUGCAAGCCUGGGUUCAAAGGCAGACACUGUGAGCUCGCCUGUGAAAAGGUGCCUCGUCCCUGCACACGGCUGUUCUCUGAGACGAAGUCGUUUCCUGUCUGGGAAGGAGAUGUCUGCCACCAUGUGUAUAAGAAAGUCUACAAAGUUCACCAGGACAUCUGCUUUAAAGAGCGCUGUGAGAGCACCAGCCUCAGGAAAACCCAAACAGGAAACAAAGUAACAGUCAAACACUGAAGAAAUCUUAAACACACACUCCUUCAAACCAAGAUCUGUUGAGAACUGGAGACACCAACAUACCCAGCACCUUGAGCACUGAGGUUCUUCAUCAGACACUGAUGGCAGACUAGCACUGUGCUAUUACAGACCCAACCAGGAAGGUUCCAGAAUUCCCUGACUAUAGCCUCCCUAUAGAUAUAACCUGGUCUGGCCUUGCAUAUGAAUCUGCUUACAGGUGGAAAUGAGACUUUAUGGGGAAGGACCUCUCUCUCUCUCUCUCUCUCUCUCUCUCUCUCUCUCUCUCUCGGCAGACCAGUUACAGUGAGGCAAGGCACAAGAACCACUGGCCCCUUCAGGGCAGUGGACUUGGGUGGUAGAAGGAUCAAGGAUGCCACACAACCCUGGGAUGCUGGGAAGGACCUAAGGAAGUACCCCCACGACCUGUGAAUGGCAUUCUAGUGGUAGCACAGGGUGGGAGCCUUGCCAUGUAACAUCCAGGUGACCCUAAAUACAGCCUCUCCUUGGGAGAGUUGCAGUGGAUCCUGGAAUUCUAAACACUAAUAACCCUGAAAUCAAAGAAACUUUGCCUGUUUGAUCCGGCAUGCUCCACCCACCUCCCCAUGUAUAAACUGUGAGAGGUUAAAGGGCAUUGGAUUUUUUUCACAACAGUCUGGAAAAUAAGGGGUUACUUUGCAGAAACCCCUGUACAGCCUGAACUCAGCCCACAGUGACUUCUUAUUGGCCUGACAUCAAUUGGGAAUGACAGACUGGCUGGCCCAAGACAGUUUACUCCUCUUCCUUGGGAAAGCCAGAACAGUUCAUCUUUCCAGUGGUGGGAGAGAGGCACAUCUGGAAACCAGCCACUUCAGGAGUCACUUUUUCUUCUACAGUAGAGGACAUGAAGGAGAAAUAUCCCCAAAGGCCUAAGAACAACCCAAAGCAAAGGAACUCCAGGCAAAGCUCAUCCUAAGAAAAAGUGCUCACAGAUAUGACAUCAGCAUGGCUAGAUCAGGGCAUCAGAGCAGCAGGCUCUCAGACAGGCCCAAGCAGCAGGGCCUUUGCAGCUUCACCAUUUCACAUGGGAAAACCCUGCCUGAAGAGCAGCUGACCACACUCAAAUCCUGUCCACUCAACAGCAUCGCCUUCUCACCUCAGCCUCCAAGAAUGCACACACAAAACACCCCCCAACACUUGUGAGCAACUUAACCCCACAAAGAUCAAGAGUCCACCAAUUAUUUGGUUUUAAAAUAUUUGUAUGGCAAUAAGUCACAUGAGAUAUUGAUGCAUCUCUUUUAAGAACUCACCCAGAAAAUCCAUGUUUAUAAAAAUGAAUAAUCCUCAGCUACUUACCACAUACUGGCUUAUAGAACACUUAUUUUCAGAGCAACAGGGAAAACACACAAACAUACACACACACACACACACACACACACACACACACACACACACACACA